GACACGCGCUACACACACUCACAAGCUCUUCAGACGUCAGGGAAGAUGGCGGUUGUUUAGGUUAGUCAGCCUGUGCUUCGGUAUCGAGCAGCUGAAUGAACUAGACGCUCGAGAAUAACAGUGGGUUCCAUACUUUAAUUUUUCUAACCAGCACUAGCCACCAAACGUUAUAUUUUUCUAGGAAAAAUAAUGGGAUAUGUGUUGUUUUCAUCUUACGAAGUUGUCCUAUUGAUUACUGCCACAUUGCAAUCGUUUUGCCGCUUUUGAAGCAACCAAAGGGGGCGGGUUUUGAUCGUUAGCUUGCUAUCUUCAAAGGUGGCUAGCUGGCUACUUUUUCUUUUGGCGUUGCCAGUCAGGUGCAUUUUAAUGCAGUCAACAUUUAUUCAGUAUCUUGUUAUUGCUAGCUGAUUACUGAUUACAUUUUCCCGUUGGCGAACUGUCAGUAUGAAUUUUAGAAGCUAGCUACCUUGCGAAUAACAACCGCAUUCCCCGUCUGUUAUUUUUCUUUUUUUAUUUUCUUUUUUUUUCGUUUUUGGCGAGGGUGGUUAUCUAACAAAUGUCGGAUAAUCAGAGCUGGAAUUCUUCAGGAUCCGAGGAGGAUUUGGAAACUGAGUCCGGACAGCCUGUUGUUGAGCUCGGUGGAGUCCUCAGUAAGUGGACCAAUUACAUCCAUGGAUGGCAGGACCGCUGGGUCGUGUUGAAGAACAACACUUUAAGCUACUAUAAAUCCCAGGAUGAAAGAGAAUACGGCUGCAGGGGAUCCCUAUGUCUCAGCAAGGCUGUUAUCACGCCCCACGAGUUUGACGAGUGCCGACUGGACAUCAGCGUGAACGACAGCGUGUGGUACCUGCGGGCCCAGGACCCCGAGCACCGGCACCAGUGGAUCGACUCCAUCGAGCUGCACAGGGCGGAGUCCGGCUACGGUUCCGAGUCCAGCCUCCGUCGCCAUGGCUCCAUGCUGUCCCUCACGUCCGCGGCCAGCGGCUACUCCGCCACCUCCACGUCAUCCUUCAAGAAAGGACACAGCUUGCGCGAGAAGCUGGCCGAGAUGGAGACGUUCCGGGACAUUCUGUGCCGACAGGUGGACACGCUGCAGAAAUACUUCGACGCCUGCGCCGACGUGUCUAAAGACGAGUUCCAGAGGGACAAAGUCGUGGAGGACGAUGAAGACGACUUCCCCACCACUCGCCCCGACGGAGAGUUCGUGCACAACAACAACGGCAGCAAGGAGAAAUUGUUUCAGUCUCUGAGCCCCAAAGGAAUGAAUGGGAUUGACUUUAAAGGGGAGGCGAUCACGUUCAAGGCCACCACUGCUGGGAUACUGGCCACUCUCUCUCACUGCAUCGACCUCAUGGUGAAGCGGGAGGACAGCUGGCAGAAGAGAGUGGAUAAGGAAAUGGAGAAGAGGAGGCGCGUGGAGGAGGCCUGCAAGUCUGCCAUGACGGAGCUAAAGAAGAAGUCUCAUUUCGGAGGCCCUGAUUAUGAGGAAGGGCCGAACAGCCUAAUUAAUGAAGAGGAGUUUUUCGAUGCUGUUGAAGCUGCCCUCGACAGGCAAGACAAGAUAGAAGAACAGUCCCACGCCGAGAAGUCCCGGCUCCACCGGAGCACCCCCCCGCCCUCUGGAGACGCCUACUCCAUCAUCGGCACCCACAGGUUCGCCCAGAAGCCCUAUAGUUGCGCUCCCUCCGUGGCUUCCGCUGACGUAGCCGUUGCCCCUGACGAUGCUCACAGAUUCGGCGCGCAGGUGGAGGAGAUGGUGCAGAAUCACAUGACCUACUCCCUGCAGGACGUGGGGGGCGACGCCAACUGGCAGCUGGUGGUGGAGGAGGGGGAGAUGAAGGUGUACAGGAGAGAGGUGGAAGAGAACGGGAUAGUCCUGGACCCGCUCAAGGCCACCCACUCGGUCAAAGGGGUGACCGGGCACGAGGUCUGCCACUACUUCUGGGACACGGACGUCCGUAACGACUGGGAGACGACCAUCGAAAAUUUCAACGUUGUGGAAACCCUAUCGGACAAUGCUAUUAUCGUGUAUCAGACGCACAAGAGGGUGUGGCCUGCCUCCCAGAGGGACGUCCUGUACCUGUCCGCAAUCCGAAAAAUCUUGGCCAACAACGAGAACGAUCCCGACACCUGGCUGGUCUGCAACUUCUCCGUGGACCACAACAACGCCCCCCCCAGCAACAGGUGCGUCCGUGCCAAAAUCAGCAUCGCCAUGAUCUGCCAGACCCUGGUCAGCCCACCAGAGGGCGACAAAGAGAUCAGCAGAGACAACAUCCUGUGUAAAAUCACCUACGUCGCUAACGUGAACCCUGGGGGCUGGGCUCCCGCCUCCGUCCUCAGGGCAGUGGCCAAGAGGGAGUACCCCAAAUUCCUGAAGCGCUUCACCUCCUACGUCCAGGAGAAGACUGCCGACAAGCCCAUUCUUUUCUAAAACCUCCAGAGCCCUGGUACUGCGGCCUGCCCGCUCUGCCCUGCCCUGCCCUGCACUGCCCCCUGCUGGCGGAGGCCACACCCAGCACACUUUACCAGACGCCCCAGGUGCUGGAGGACCGGCCGGCAGCAUGGACCCUCGCCACGAUUCCCCCCCCCCAACCUUCCGCAGACUGUUCCAGAACUCCCUACCUGUGUGGUCCCACCAACUACAUCACCGCCAUUCUCUGCAAAGUGGGGUUCUAAGGCUUUAAUGAUCAUUAGCGCUGACGUCUUACUGUAGAACUGCUAGUGAAUAGCCAAAUGUGUAUUUUUUUUCUUUUUCUUUUGCUUUUUUCCUGUCAAAACAUUAAAUAUUGGUAAAUAUGUAAUUUGUUUAUAUGGCAAUUUUGAAGGUUGAGUAUAAACCGAGUCUAUUUUGGUCCUGCUAAUUGUAAAUGUCUUUUUAUAUAUAUAUAUUAUUGUGAUUUGUUUUGGAUUGUUUGGAUUUGCUUUGUAUAAUCGCUGGUCUCAAGGCUUAAUUUCAUGCUGCUAAUUUUUCUAAAAUGACAAACGAUAGGUCGCCUUUUUUCUUAAACAAUUGUCUUGUUUGUGAAACCUGAGGGCUGUUACUGACCUGUGACCUAUGACCUAUGACCUUUGUCUUUUCACUCGUCUCUCUGGUGAAGACCGCAUGCCGUGUCCGAUGGAGGAAGAGUUCGAAAAGUUGAUACUCGUUUCUUUUGUCAGGUUUUUUUUUUGGUCAUAAAUCUAUAUUUCUACCAUGUUUUUCGUUGUACGAGCGCGACAGAUGGUGUGAUUCACGAAGAGGUAAGAAGGCCACGUUGCUACAGUACAGGCUUUGAGUCUGGAGUUUAGAACCGUUACCAGCCGGAUAGCAGAGAACUGCAGUGAAGGCAUUACCAGUCAAGCAAUAAAUUGUUUGGCCUUUUCCAAACACAACGCCAGUCCAGGGCUGGCUAACAGCGAGCCGCUGGGCUUCGACCAAGUUGUGUUCUUCAUCAACAGCGGAAUGUCCAAGCAGGCCAUGACGUUAACUGCCCUGGCUCACGCGUUCUACGCUGAACCGUAGAGGAUGAGAAGAACGUUUUCUGUUCCAUUCAGUGACUUUCUUUGGUUUUUUUGGGGGGGACGGGGGGGAGGGGGGAGUGUGGUUGGUGCAGGUAACGAACAUUUCAAGUAUUGUCCGUUAGAUUCACAUAUCAUUUUAUCAACAAUGCACAUCUAAUGUGUCUGUAAAAAUGUGUUUAUGUUCUCGGUGACUGUUGAGUCUUCAUAUGCCUUAGAGAAAAGGAGAUACGUGGGGUGUAAACCCAAUAAAAUCACUAGAGAAAGUGCCUCAGUCUUAUCCCACUGUAGCAGGGCAUAUGAUCUAUCACUGGGUACUUCCAGCAAGAUGAUGUCAACAAGAGAAGACAUACUUUUUAGCUUUUAUUUCUUUAUUCGAAAAGCACAUUUAUAUAGAAAUUUGAAGGGGAGCGGGGUUAACAUUUCACUUCAAUUUCUUAUCUCUUUUUAAGGAGCAUUGUGAUUUUGCAAUCAAUGGGGACAGUCUGUCGUUGUGGAGAGUCCUGCCUAGAGCUUUGCGCUUUUUAGUCCAAAAAAAAGGAGAGGAGCCCAUCGCUGACCUCUCACCCUUCGGGCAGGGGAAGGAUUCCCGCGAUUCCAUCGCGAAAGGAUGCGUUUCUGACUUGGGUCCUUUCAGAAGACUGGACGAGCUGUGGUGGGGGGGGGUUGGGAGUUUAUCUGUUUUGGGUUCUCAUUAGUUGCAUUGGCACUGAAUGUACUGCAUUGGGGGAAAUGUUCUGUAAAUAAAAUGAUUACACUAAA